AUGUACGUUGUUCAUAGAGAAAAAUUGAAGAAAUGGGAAGUGACAUUGGUUGAUUUAAAACACAAUCACACGAUGAUUUCAAAGGAUGAAGUGCUUUUCAUGCAAAGGCCAAGGAAUAUAACUCCCGUUAUUUGGAAAUUAAUUAUAACAUUGAAUAAAUCGGGUAUUGGGCCUUCAAUAACUUUAAACGUGUUAGGGGAGUUAACGGGUGGCUUGGAGAAUACUGGAAUUGGUAAUCAAGAUGUUCGGAAUGUAUUGCGUGAUAUUCAACAUUAUGUGUUUGAUUCGAGUGAUGCUUUAGAGGGUUUGGCCUUACUUCGAGAAUUGAAAAGUAAUAGUCAAGGUGAAUUUUUCUAUAAAGUUGACGUGGACGAGGAAAAUCGUGUGCGGGCUAUGCUGUGGGUUGACCCGAUAUCAGUCAAUGCCUACAAAAAUUUCGGAGAUGUUUUUGACUCCAUGUAUCGUACGAAUAGGUAUUGCAUGCCGUUUGUGCCAUUUACGGGUGUAAAUCACCAUUUUUAG